AUGGCGCAAGAAGAGAAUGGUCAACAGUCGGACCAGCUGGGGUCUGAGAACUGGUUGAGCCAUUUCGAAAGCCAGUGUCUCCAAGAGCUGGACACAGAGGCCAACAUGGAGGAGAGACUGCAGACGGAAAGAGAAUACGCCGCACAAAAACUCUGGUCGGCUUUUCAAAAUUCGGCCACUGCUAUUGCUCAGAUGUAUCGAGAUCGACACCAGGGUAGAUCCCUGUGGGGUCCAUUUCGAAAUGCAGCUACAGCAGUUACUGAUAUGUAUAAAGAUAGUAUAGAUACAUUAAGAGUAUGUAUUGAUGUGGGAGUGCAAUGUGGUAAGCAACAUAGAACCAAGGACAUUAUUGCUUGGGCCAAAAAGAAACGGCGCCACAUACGCAGAGAAGAGCUUCUGGCUUUUCUGUGUGGAAAGAACCCACCUUUGCGUAACCGAAGCACAUCAACAGGAAAAACGGGAGCUUGGAUGACAAAAGACUGGCCCUCCCAACGAUUAGCACACUGCGGUGGCAGGGAUUUGGAAGAAGAUAACGACACAGAGUUACAGGCAUUCAGUGAUGCAUUGGCGUUGCAAGGUUUGAAUGGUGCUAUGUCAAAUAUUAGUGUAGGUUAUCUACCUCAUGGUGGUGGUACAUUGAACAGCAGGAACAUGGAGGAUCUUAACAGGUUCAUACUUGAUGAAAUAUCCAGACAUUCUGAUUCGCGCAAGAGAAGUCCUCCAACAGAUGGCAUGGACUCUCCUUCUCGAAAAAAAAGUCGCAUAAUUUAG